CUUUACCUGUUUCUUCACUUUUCCUGCAGAUGAGUAAAUUAGAACGUGUCAAACUCUCACUUGAAAUCAAACAUCUUCCCCCACAUCUCUCUCUGUGCCUCUCUCUCUCUCUCUCUGUGUCUCUGCUCCUAGAAAGAAUCAUGAAACCUUCAUGUCUUGUCCAAGACAGAGCCCACAAAAAGGACAACAGGUGCCACAAUUAUGGUGGCGCCUCUGCUGCCGCUGCCGCUGCCGCGACCGCCGCGCUGCCUCCCUUCCUCUUCUUCGCCCUCCUCCUCGCCACCCUCUUCACCCUCUUCAUGGUCUUCUCCCCAUCCCCUCUCAUGAUCAAGCGCGACCUCCACCAAAACACCUCCUCCUUCAUCAGACCUCAACAGGAUUGUGACUUGUACAGAGGACACUGGGUUCCGGAUUUCAGAGGGUCAUCUUCUUCUUCGUACACGAAUUCGAGCUGCGCCACGAUUCCCGACUCCAAGAACUGCUUCCGGCACGGGAGGAAGGACACGGACUUCCUGAAUUGGAGAUGGAAGCCCGACGGGUGCGAGCUCCCGAGGUUCGACCCUCGGGCGUUCCUGGGUAUGGUGCGGGGGAAGACCCUCGCCUUUGUCGGGGACUCCGUUGCCAGGAACCACAUGGAGUCGCUGCUCUGCCUCCUGUCUCAGGCGGAAACCCCGGUCGACAUCUUCAAGGACUCGGAUGACCGGUUCCGGACGUGGUACUUCCGCGGGCACGACUUCACGCUGAAGAUCCUGUGGUCCAAGUUCCUCGUGACGGGCAAGGAGGAAGUGAUCAACGGCUCAUCCACGGGAACUUUCUCCCUGUACCUCGACGAGGUGGACGGUGAAUGGGCACACAAGAUCUCCACCGCGGACAUCGCCGUGGUCUCCGCGGCACACUGGUUCUUCCGGAAGAUCUACCUCUACGAACAGAACCGCCUCGUGGGCUGCGUCUACUGCAACGAGCCGAACGUCACCUCCUACGGGCCCGAGCACGCGGUGCGCAUGUCGUUCCGCACCGCGCUCAGCCACAUCAACCGAUGCGAGAAGAAGCACGGCCGCGGGGGGAUCACCAUGACGUUCCUGAGGACGUUCUCGCCAGCGCACUUCGAGAACGGGACGUGGGACACGGGCGGGGCGUGCACCUUGACGAGCCCCUACGGGGAGGGCGAGGUCGACCUGGGGGGCUACGAGUGGGGGUUCAGGAACGUGCAGAUGGAGGAGGUGGAGAGGGCGAGAGGGAUGGGGAGGAGGAGGAGGAGGAAGGGAGGGAAGAGGUUCGGGGCGCUGGACGUGACGAGGGCGAUGCUGAUGAGGCCGGACGGUCAUCCCGGCGAGCACUGGGGGAACAAGUGGAUGAAGGGCUACAAUGACUGCGUGCACUGGUGCUUGCCUGGCCCCAUCGAUGUCUGGAAUGACUUCCUGAUGGCUGCUUUGAGGCAGGAACGUGGGACGGAUUCUUGAUUUGUACUUGAGGGGAUAUAGAUAACUAUAGGGCCAAAUUAAAGAGGAACAGUACUUGUGCAUCGUUUUUCUUUACAUUGGUAAUAUAUAGUUAGAUGUGUACUCAAUUCUUUGCAUGGGCUUUUGUGGCCCAAGUGAUUAGUAAUAAGCUUGUAUAGUUGAGGACUCAAUAUAUAUGUAAUUUUUUUUGUUGUU